AUGUCCCAGACCAAGGCGGACGUCAAGAAGGCCAUUUUAGGCCAACUAGAGGCCAUCAAGGAAGAAGAUCGGCUUAAUUUCUUGAUUAACCGGCUUACGAAUGUCGAAUUUGAAUCAGAAAAGUCAAUUGAAACCGCAAAAUACCUGAAAACGGAGACUGAUCGACUUGCUGGGGUACGGUUCAUUUGUUUUAAUAUUAUAAAUUUAGAGGUGUUCCAAAAUUUUCGUCUAUAACAUUUAUGUUGUUCCAGAUAGAGAAAAAACUCCAGAAUACGGAGAAGAUGUUGAGUCGGGCCGAACUAUCAAAGUCAAAGUUGGAAGAGCUUUGUCGGGAAUUGAACCGAUCAAAGAAAGAAGAAGCCGACAGGAAUGUUCAGAAACUCCGAGAGAUCGAAAGAAAUCACCAAGAGACCGUGGAGAACUUUAAGAAAUCAUUAGGUGAUAUCCAGAGUUCUGUCGAUGCUCGAAAGGAACAAGCCAAGAGGAUGCAAGACGUUGAGGACAUCUCAAAGAGUCUGACCAGUUUAUCGGAGGAAUAUGAGACAAGGCUGAGAGAACUGAAAACAUUGGUAGGUGGUUUUAUUGUUAUUUUACUUGAUGUUUAGUAUGAGGAUCGUGAAGAUAAAGUGAAGGACAUGAUGAAGACCAAGGACGACGAGUUGAAGCACUUGAGAAAAGAGAUUGAAGGGAUGCGUUCGAAAGUGGAGGGAGUCUUCAGAGAAAACGUUGAACUGAAACAAGAGGUAGGAAGGGCUGAAUGAGGAUCAUGUAUUUAGCUUUUGAACAAAGAGAGAGCCUUCCAAGAAGCCGUAACGGCCGAAAUAAACACUAAAAAAGUCAUUGAAUCAUAUGGAGACAAGUACGGAGAGUUGGUGGGAACUUUGGAGAAGUCGAAUAAGGCCUUUGAAAGGGCAAGGACAGAUAUGACUAAAGUAAGGAAGCGUGUACAAGUAUAUAUAUGCCGUAUGUUGCAGAUGAACGGCCAACUCAUUAAGCUUCAAGCAGAAUCUCAGCGGUACCGCAAGCAGUUAGAGGAGUCUAAAGCGCAAGUUUUUCAAUACAGGAAUUACUCUUAACCUGAGAACAAAACGAAUAUAAUUUGAUUACAGAACGAUCAAUCAAUUGACAAGCAUAAAUGAAGACAUUACCAAGAAGUCUAGUCUGAAGGACAGACAGAUGGAGCAGCUGCAGAAGCUAUGCCGUCAACUUCAGAAGGGAAAUCCACUCACAGAAGAAACUCCGGAAUCCGAAAACGCUGGUGCCUGA